GGCCGCGGGCCCGCGCUCGGAAGAGGGCGGCAGCGCGCAGCGAGCGGGAGGCGCGCGAGGCGGGCGGGCAGAAGCCGCGAGCCGCGCAGCAGCACGGACCCGAGAGCUGCCGCCGCCGCCGCGACCUGGAGGCUCGAUCUGAUUUGUAUUCACUGUAACCAGCACUGCUCCCAAGACCUUCUGGAUCCAGACCAAGGGCUCCAGAUCACCAGAAAUCCUUAGCACGAAGGAGGCUGCAGCCUUGGAUUCCCUGGUGGAGGACGGACUCCACUGCUCUCUGGUCUUGCCCCCUGAUGAUGAUAGUGUGACCACUAGCAUCUUCAUGAGCUCCAGAGGUCACAGCACGCUCCCGCGGACUCUCAUGGCUCCUCGGAUGAUUUCCGAGGGAGACAUAGGAGGCAUUGCACAGAUCACCUCCUCUCUCUUCUUGGGCAGAGCCAGUGUGGCCUCCAACCGGCACCUCCUCCAGGCCCGUGGCAUCACCUGCGUUGUCAAUGCGACCAUCGAGAUCCCCAACUUCAACUGGCCCCAGUUUGAAUAUGUUAAAGUGCCUCUGGCUGACAUUCCUCAUGCCCCCAUUAGACUGUACUUUGACACUGUGGCCGACAAGAUCCACAGUGUGAGCAAGAAGCAUGGGGCUACCUUGGUGCACUGUGCUGCAGGCGUGAGCCGCUCGGCCACCCUCUGUAUUGCGUACCUGAUGAAAUUCCACAAUUUGUGCCUGUUGGAGGCAUACAACUGGGUGAAAGCCCGGAGGCCUGUCAUCAGGCCCAACCUGGGCUUCUGGAGGCAGCUGAUAGACUACGAGAGCCAGCUCUUUGGGAAGUCUUCAGUUAAGAUGGUACAGACACCCUACGGCAUCAUUCCAGACGUUUAUGAGAAGGAGUCCCGACACUUGAUGCCUUAUUGGGGGAUUUAAUGUUGCCACAGCUGGCAUCCACAGCCCCUCAGCAGUACCAGCAUCUGCCACACACCAUCUGUUCCCCUCUUCCUCUCUCUGGUUCUCCCGAGAGUGUUUCUACACUGGGUGUUCGGGUUUAAGAGAUGCGGAGGGGAAAUACAUACGUUGCUAGUGACGUUUUUUAAAAACUAGCAUUUUGAAUAGUGAACAUGAAAAUCUUUAACUGGCCUUUAAUCAUUUGUAACAACUGGAACAGUGUAGGGCACUGUUCCUGCUUUCUUUCUGGCUCCUGCCUUUUAAGAGCCUUAGUGGAUGCAGGAGGAGCUCACCGCAAACAUCAGUUUUGGCUCUGAUUAACCCUCUAGAGACCAGCUUUGCUGAGGGCUGCAGGCUGGACAGUUUAGGGACGAUCAAGGCCAGCUCAGUCCCUGCAGGAUUAGCCUGGUCCUUUCCCUCUGUUAUUUGACUCUAUAAGUUAAGUUCACCAUUGUUGUUUAGUUGAUAAGUAGUUAUGAUAAAAAUCUGUUGCAAAGACCCUCUUGAAAUUAGUGUGCCCUGGGAUCACAUUAGCAUUAUUUUUAAUAAACUUGCUUAACAUAAGCCCUUUACUAAUCA